AUGAGACAAUUGUUGCAUUUUUCCCUUUCCAGCUUUCUUUUUAAUGGGCAGUCUAAAUUGGAAACUUUUGCGGCACUCUCCGACAAUUUCCAAAAACAUUUCUCUAAAGAUGACUUUUUUGACAUUGGAAAAUGUUUUGUUUCUCUACUGAAUAACGACCUGUUGCCGGAUUCUGUUUCCAAGACACUUGCUGUUUUUCUUCUCUGGGAUAUGUACAAGUUGGACCCUCUUGAGCUGAACCCAUUUUUUCCCUUUAUUUUGAAUUUUCUUAAAUCUGAAAAAGCUUUAGGGGACCCCUUCCCAUAUCCGGUGAAGAUCUUUAUGCACACUCUCAUGCUCCAUCCCGAUCGAUCUAACGACCUCCUUAAGACUGUUCUGAUACAGCUGCUAAACAUGAACGCUGAGACGACCUCACCAAAAACGUGCGAUUGGUCGGUUUUCGAAGGUUUGCUCCAUAAGCGUUCGCUAAAGAUGCCUAAAUUUGACUCUUGUGGGAUUCCAUGUGUUCUUCCCGACGAAGGCAAAAUUGGAUGCCCAUUGAAUCUUCAGCGAAAACGUUGUUUACAGGCUCUUCUAACAGACAACGAGCUGCUGCCUGCUCUCCUUCAACCACUUCGUCCUACUUUUCUCCGACUUGCUCCACCGCUGCUGCCCUGUCCUCAGUCCGCCGCCAUCCCUUUAGAUUCGCUGGAUUCCUGGACCGAGGAGCUCAUAUGGCUCAGUCCUCCCACACUUCAACACAAUUUUCACUGGGACUCAUUCACCGAGCACUCUACCCUUCCUCUUGGGGUCCAGCAGCUUGUACAGCUCGCAUUGUCAUCUCCGUUAUCUCCGUCGCAGAAGGAACAACUUGUUCAAUCAAUUAGCCAAAACCCUGGACUACUAAAUGGAGUUGGUCUUCUGAGUGAAAGUCUUCCAAAUUUGGUAAAUCAGAAUCCAAUGGCUGCCUCCGAGAUUCUCAAGGCAUUGUCCUCCGAUCCAGAACUAGAAUCAUUUUUGGAUGUGUUAUCAGAAAUGGACGUUAACGUACACUCGCUGGAAGUGAUAAAUCAAAUAGCACUGAACAUGUCUUUGCCAAAAAAAUUCAUCCUCAAGUGCGUAUCGAACUUCAUAAAAAGAUGCCAGAGCACUCAGGACAGAAGCUCGCAGUCGCGUCUCGCUCGCCUCGUUUGCUUGGUCAUUCAAACGUGGGUGAGGAACAAGGUCCUCGACAUCACUGGAGCCAACAUUCUGGUCGAAAUUCAGUCGUUCUGCUUGGAGUUUAACAGAGUACGUGAAGCCAACACGCUCUACAGACUGAUAAAGAGCAUAGAGGCUGCUGGACCACCAGAAAACUCAGGGAAUCUCGGAGACGCAGUUGGUAGAAAGUAA